UCUUCCCUCGAUUAGAGGCUGUGUCUUACAUGCGGAAGGCGAAUCAUCACGCGCAUUUGGACCAAAUUUGACGUCAGCGUGGACUGAUGGAGCCAAUCAAUGUUGUCACUUUGCUUCUCCAAUUUCAUAACUGAUUCCAUGUCACUCGGAACUCUUCGCCCUCGCUUUGCUCUUCCUUUUUGUCGGUUUCUGGCUUCCGAGCCUGUGCGCUGUAUCGCGCUACGAGACAUUCACACACACAUGGAGCAACUCGGAACUCAAAUAUGGAGCAGAUCCCUCAUUCCACUGCUCACUCCGUAGUUAGUAAUUCAUGACUUUGCCGAACGCCGAAAACUUCUUCGAGUGUCUUUCUCCGUCCCGUCGAGAAGCAGAAUCUGGAGGUGGGUUGUAGCGGGUCUCGUUGAUGUUCUUAGAGCCUAGGUGUUUGAAAAUUUCACGAUGUUGUUGCACGGCGUCAUUAUGCUUUAGGGUUACCCAACGCAUCGUCGCCAGUGGCUAGCUCGUGGAAGUUUUUGAAGUCGAAUGAGAGGAAGGUUUUUACUCUAUGAGAGGGACUCGCAGCUCUCUCCAAACCAAAGUCUACGGCUUUUUCGGCACUGGUAGAUCCUGUGACAGUUACUGUGCUUUAAGAGUGCAAGAUUACCAUGGAAGGAAGUAGCGAGAGCAUCUGCAAACGUUAUCUUCUGAGUCAGAAGAAGUGCGAGCAGGAAGCAAGCCUGGGGUGACAUGUGCUGCGCUUCUUGCAUGACGCAUAUACAUUGAUGUGGAUUAUGUUUGUGCUGUCUAGUGGGCUAGAUUUUGGUGUCGUCAACAGUCAUCCCUCCAAAUUCUUACGAAAUGAGUGGUGGUGAUGGCAGUAAGAAGCAUGCGGUGGAUUCUUUCUGGAAGUGUGAUUUGGAAGUGCAACGACACCUUGACUUGCGGAGACUCUCAUUGUUCAUACGAUACCUUCCUAAGCGAAUGUUCCCAUGUAUUCAAGGAGGUCAUCUUCGUACCCACGUGGAGUAAGGAAACGAUCUCAAGUUUCUUCUUUCUUACUUCUGUAAUUAUAAGGUGCUCUCUACUAUGUUUUAAAGAAGAAACCGGUUCUUUCCUUUCGUCUUUCCUUUCGAACGCCUUUACUUUACUCGAUUCCAUAGCAAUCAAAUUUCUUGCAUUUGGCUUUGAGCAGCUCCAAGGAGUGGAACUGCUCACAAACUUUCAAGACCAAGUAGGUGGAUUGUCAGUCGCUGACUCUGAGUGUUCAUCCCGAAAAUUAUGACUACUUCGAUCCGUCUUUCACCAAGAGCCAAUGGAGUUUGUCAGACAACAGAUCUCACAUUCCUUCAAAUAAUUCUUGGCCUUCAUUCUAAAGAUUUCUGCAAGAGUCAUUCAGUCCCAUGAGAUCAUCCACUCCUAUACGCGGAUGAGCUUGACCUCGGUCUACACACUGCGGCCCUUCACUUCCAUCCAACAAUUCCAUGAAGCAAUAACGCGGUUAGCCCUACCGUGGAGAGAGAGACCCUAUGGGACCCAAUCCGUUCAAGGUCGUUAUAAGUGUACUUUUGUGAUAAUAAGAUAGACGUACAGAUGUGUCUUAAACUUGUCGUUUUGGGUCCAUGUAAGUAGAAGUGUGGUGAUUACCAUGACUCUGCAUUUUUGUCCCACCUCA